AUGGACGCCGCCACCAUCGAGGAGACGAACCGCAUCCGCGUGUCGUUGGGCAUGCAGCCCCUGCCGGUACCCGGUGCGGCGCCCCCCCCCAGCUCGGCAGGCUCCGACAACGAGCGAGAGGAGGCGGAGGCGCCCAGCACCGUCGAGACCAGGCAGGCCCAGGCCUACGACAACUACAAUAAGGCCAUGGAGGCCGAGGCCGCCAGGAAGAAGCGUGAGGAGCGGGUCGCAGCCAUCAAAAAGGCCCGCGAGAAGGCGCAGAGGGCUGCCAAACUCGAGGGCCACGGUCUGGGCGACCUUGACAAGGCCGAGGCAGAUGCCGACGCCAAGUCAUGGCUCAUGGGCCAGAAGAAGCGCCAGAAGAAGAUUGAGAAGGUGCGCAAGCUCGAGGAGGAGCUUGCCGCCGCGGAGGCUGAGGCCGCCGCCAACGUCCAGUACACGUCCAAGGACCUGGCCGGCAUCAAGGUGGCCCACGACACAUCGGCCUUUCUCGACGGGGACGAGCAGAUCCUGACGCUCAAGGACAGCGGCAUCGGCGGCGCAGAUGACGAGGAGGAUGACGAGCUCGAAAAUAUCGAGCUGCGGUCCCAGGAGAAGCUGCAGGACAAGCUGGACCUGAAGAAGAAGCGACCCGGGUACAACCCCAACGACGACGACAUGGAGGGCGGCAUCCUGGCGCAGUACGACGAGGAGAUCAACGGAAAGAAGACCAAGCAGUUCACCCUGGACGACAAGGGCACCUUCAACGAUCUUGCGGACAUCCUCGGCCAACCCGUGGACAAGGCUGAAAGGGGCGAGAACGUCAGCCUCGACGACAUUGUCGGCGACGGCCCCGUGUCCGGAGACUACCUUGCCCCAUCGGAGAUCAAGAUCAAGAAGUCCAAGAAGAAGAGCAAGAAAGGUACGAGGCAGAAGCGGGCCGACGACGACGACAUCAUCGUCCCGACAGAACCCUCGCAGCAGUCGGUCAGCGAUGCCAUGGAUAUGGAUGGCGGUGCACCGGCCAAGAAGAAGAGGACAGUCGAGGAUGACCUGGUAGAUGACGAAGACCUGCAAGCGUCGCUCGCCGUCCAGCGCCGGAACGCGCUCAAGAAGCGCAAGCGCACGAGGCCGGAAGACCUUGUCAGACGACUCAAGGAGCAGGAUUCGGCGACGCUGAGGGAAGAAGAACAGCAGGAGGACGGAGGCCUCGUGAUCGGUGCAGCAUCAGAGUUCGUCUCUGGACUCAAGGUGCCCGACGACGACGAGGAGGAGGAGGCGCUGGCACGGAAGCGGCGCAAAGCAACAACCAAGACGCCGGACCCGCGCGAGACACCAGCCGACGGCGACCAGGUCAUGGACGACGCCGACUCGGACCGCGACCAAGGAAACCCAGAACCGUCGGACGAGCAGGCAGCCGAAAGGGACGCACCGGUGGAUGAGGAGAAGACGGUGGGGCAGGGCAUGGGCGCAGCGCUCUCGCUGCUCCGGGAGCGCGGGCUGGUCGAGCCGUCGCGCGGCGAAGAGGAGUACACCAACCUACGCAACCGGGAGGACUUCAUGGCGAAGAAGCGCCUCCUGGAGGAGGAACUAGAGGAGCAGACGCGGCAGCAGCGCGAGCGCGACCGCCGCAGCGGCAAGCUUGACAAGAUGUCGGCCCGCGAGCGCGAGGAGUACGCGCGCCAGCAGAACGCCUGGCGCGACCAGCAGCAGUCCCGGCGCAUGGCGGAGCUCUACUCGGCCGGCUACAAGCCCAGCGUGCGCCUGGCCUACACGGACGACCACGGCCGCCAGCUCAACCAGAAGGAAGCCUUCAAGCACCUCAGCCACCAGUUCCAUGGAAAGGGGUCGGGUAAGGGCAAGACGGAGAAGCUCCUCAAGCAGAUUGACGACGAGAAGAGGCGCCAGGCCCAGAGCAUGUUUGACGCCACCCAGAAUGGGGGGAUGAGCACCGCCACAGCUCAGCAGCUAAAGAAACGAAGGGAGGCAGGUGUACGACUUGGUUAA